CUCUCUGUUCUUUCACUCGCAAAUCGCAAUGGAUUCGUUUGAUAUCGAUAACGUGAAAGCAGAGAAAGCCAAGGCGUUGCGGCGUUUCAACCGCUUCCGGCGGAUCGGCCGUUUCUUCCGUGCGGCGGAGGUUUGCGUCGCUCUCCUCUUCAUCUUUUGGACAUUAACGCGGCUUCCUUUCGUCGUUCAAAUCUCCGGAGUUUUUCUCCGCCGUAUCGCCGCCGUCAUCUCGACUCCUCUGUUCGUCUUCCUCCUCGGGAACUCCAUCGUCGUUGUUCUUCUCACCAAGUCUUCCGAUCAGACAACUACCACCGCCGCCGCAAGCGCAGAAACCGAAAUCUACCAGGCGUUCGUCAGAUCUGUAGAGAAUCGAUCCAAGCCGUCCGAUGAAGAUUUGACGGAGGAGAUUGUCUACGACGACAAACAGGUGAUCGUCACUGAUUUGAAUUCAAAUACGAAUCUAAUGGUGGAUGAGAAUAUUCCUCACGUCGAGAUUGAUUCUGAUUCGAGUCCCAGUAAGGUCGUCUAUGGAAGAAGCAAAUCAGACGUUUCUGGAAAACAGAGUCCAGAAGCAAAGGUGAUGAUGAUGAUGAAACGUUCUCUUCAGAGAUCGGAGACAGAGAAGUGUUGCAGAGAGACUGAGAACGAUGACUCUGAGAAGAACUAUCCAGAGGAUAAUCUGAGCAACGAAGAGUUUCAGAAAACGAUCGAAGCUUUCAUAGCCAAACAGAGGAUGUUUCGUCGUCAAGAAUCUUUAGCCGUCGUUGUCCAUAACAAACCCUAAAUAUCUUCUAUCUAUAUAUAUAAGAAAGCAUCAAAUUCUAA